GCAUCUUAAUUAGAAUGUUUUAUGUGUUCGUUGUGUAUACGUUCUGAUAGCAUUUAAUAAUUAAAUAGUGUGUUUGAAUUAAUAUACAUCUAUAAAAUAUUACUACACAUGUAAAGACAAACACAAAAAGUUACAAUGUCUUUACCACCGUAUUUGUUGGGCCCCAAUCCGUGGGCUACAAUGAUGGCCCAGCAGCAUUUAGCGGCGGCACAUGCACAAGCUCAAGCCGCUGCUGCUCAAGCACAUGCUCACGCUUUACAACAACAAAUUCCACCACCUCAUCCAAAGUCAGAUGUUAUAACAGAAGAUAAAUUACAGGAAAAAGCCCAAAAAUGGCAUCAACUACAGUCCAAAAGGUUUGCCGAUAAGAGAAAAUUAGGGUUUGUCGAAGCACAGAAAGAAGAUAUGCCUCCUGAACAUAUUAGAAAAAUUAUUAGAGAUCAUGGAGAUAUGAGCAGUCGUAAAUACAGACAUGAUAAACGAGUUUACUUAGGAGCUUUAAAAUAUAUGCCGCAUGCAGUUAUGAAGCUCCUUGAAAACAUGCCUAUGCCUUGGGAACAGAUACGAGAUGUUAAAGUUUUGUACCAUAUCACUGGUGCUAUAACUUUUGUAAAUGAAAUUCCAUGGGUUAUUGAGCCAGUAUAUAUUGCUCAAUGGGGUACUAUUUGGAUUAUGAUGAGGAGAGAAAAAAGAGAUAGGAGACAUUUCAAAAGAAUGCGGUUUCCACCUUUUGAUGAUGAAGAACCACCUCUAGACUAUGCAGACAACGUUUUAGAUGUAGAACCUUUGGAAGCAAUCCAAAUUGAAUUAGAUGCCGAUGAGGAUUCAGCUAUAGCGAAAUGGUUUUACGAUCAUAAACCAUUAGUAGGAACAAAAUAUGUAAACGGAGCAACUUAUAGAAAAUGGAAUCUUUCUUUACCCAUAAUGGCUACUUUAUACCGUUUAGCCAAUCAAUUGUUGACUGAUUUGGUGGAUAAUAAUUAUUUUUAUCUAUUCGAUACUAAAAGUUUCUUUACUGCGAAAGCUCUUAACAUGGCAAUUCCUGGUGGGCCUAAGUUUGAACCUCUUAUCAAGGAUAUGAAUCCUGCUGAUGAAGAUUGGAAUGAAUUUAAUGAUAUUAAUAAAAUUAUCAUUAGACAGCCAAUUAGAACGGAAUACAGAAUAGCUUUUCCAUAUCUUUAUAACAAUAUGCCCCAUUUUGUUCACUUGUCUUGGUAUCAUGCUCCUAAUGUUGUCUAUAUAAAAACUGAAGAUCCUGAUUUACCAGCUUUCUAUUUCGAUCCCCUAAUUAACCCCAUAUCACAUAGACAUGCCGUUAAAAGUUUAGAACCUUUGCCAGAUGACGACGAAGAAUAUAUUCUACCAGAAAGCGUUCAACCUUUUUUACAAGAAACUCCUUUAUACACUGACAACACUGCAAAUGGUAUCGCGUUAUUAUGGGCACCAAGACCAUUUAACAUGAGAUCAGGUCGUUGUAGACGAGCCAUUGACGUACCUCUAGUGAAACCUUGGUACAUGGAACACUGUCCUCCGGGACAACCGGUGAAAGUGAGAGUUAGUUACCAGAAGUUAUUGAAGUACUACGUACUAAAUGCUCUUAAGCAUCGACCACCCAAGGCGCAGAAGAAGAGAUACCUCUUUAGAUCAUUCAAAUCUACCAAAUUUUUCCAGACUACCACAUUAGAUUGGGUCGAAUCUGGAUUACAAGUCUGUAGACAAGGUUAUAACAUGUUGAAUUUAUUAAUACACAGAAAGAAUUUGAAUUAUCUUCAUUUGGAUUAUAAUUUCAAUUUGAAACCCGUCAAAACUUUGACAACGAAGGAGAGAAAAAAAUCCAGAUUUGGAAAUGCUUUCCAUUUAUGUAGAGAAAUAUUAAGAUUGACAAAACUUAUUAUCGAUUCUCAUGUACAAUACCGUUUGAAUAAUGUGGACGCCUUCCAAUUGGCAGACGGUUUGCAGUAUAUAUUUGCUCACGUUGGGCAAUUGACUGGCAUGUACAGAUAUAAAUACAAACUUAUGAGACAAAUCAGAAUGUGUAAAGAUUUGAAACAUCUUAUUUAUUACAGAUUUAAUACCGGACCUGUUGGUAAAGGACCCGGUUGCGGUUUUUGGGCACCUGGUUGGAGAGUCUGGCUCUUUUUUAUGAGAGGAAUAACGCCUUUAUUAGAAAGAUGGUUGGGGAAUCUCUUGUCCCGACAAUUCGAAGGACGACAUUCCAAGGGAGUUGCUAAAACAGUAACCAAACAAAGAGUUGAAUCGCAUUUCGAUUUGGAAUUGAGAGCUUCCGUAAUGCACGAUAUAGUUGACAUGAUGCCAGAAGGUAUAAAACAGAACAAAGCCCGAACCAUUCUUCAACAUUUAUCGGAAGCUUGGAGAUGUUGGAAGGCGAAUAUACCGUGGAAAGUACCAGGACUUCCUAUACCUAUCGAAAACAUGAUUUUACGUUAUGUAAAGAUGAAAGCGGAUUGGUGGACAAAUACAGCUCACUACAAUCGCGAAAGAAUCCGUAGAGGUGCCACUGUCGAUAAAACAGUAUGCAAAAAAAAUCUCGGGCGUCUUACUCGAUUAUAUUUGAAAGCGGAACAAGAAAGACAGCAUAAUUAUUUGAAAGAUGGUCCGUACAUAUCACCGGAAGAAGCGGUCGCAAUUUAUACUACAACAGUACAUUGGUUGGAAUCUAGAAGAUUUGCCCCUAUACCUUUCCCGCCCCUUUCUUACAAACACGAUACAAAAUUACUCAUUUUAGCUUUGGAAAGACUAAAAGAAGCCUACAGUGUAAAAUCACGUUUGAAUCAGAGUCAAAGAGAGGAAUUAGGAUUGAUAGAACAAGCGUACGAUAAUCCUCACGAAGCUCUAUCGAGAAUUAAGCGUCAUCUUCUAACCCAAAGAGCUUUCAAAGAAGUGGGAAUCGAAUUUAUGGAUUUGUAUAGUCAUUUAAUUCCGGUUUACGACGUGGAACCUUUAGAGAAGAUCACAGAUGCUUAUUUAGAUCAAUAUCUAUGGUAUGAAGCAGAUAAGAGACGGUUGUUUCCGCCUUGGAUAAAACCUGCGGAUACUGAACCUCCGCCGUUAUUAGUUUACAAAUGGUGUCAAGGUAUCAACAAUCUUCAAGACGUAUGGGACGUUAAUGAAGGAGAAUGCAACGUCUUGUUGGAAUCCAAAUUCGAAAAACUCUAUGAAAAGAUCGAUUUGACUCUAUUAAAUAGAUUAUUGAGACUGAUCGUCGAUCAUAACAUUGCCGAUUAUAUGACGGCUAAAAAUAACGUCGUUAUCAAUUAUAAAGAUAUGAAUCAUACCAACAGUUAUGGAAUAAUAAGGGGAUUACAGUUUGCUUCUUUUAUUACACAGUAUUACGGUUUAGUUUUGGAUUUACUUGUCUUGGGGUUGCAAAGGGCCAGCGAAAUGGCAGGACCGCCGCAGAUGCCUAACGAUUUUUUGACGUUUCAAGAUGUACAAUCCGAAACUUGUCAUCCAAUUCGAUUAUAUUGCCGAUAUGUCGAUAGAAUUCACAUGUUUUUCAGAUUCUCUGCCGAGGAGGCAAAAGAUUUAAUUCAAAGAUAUUUAACUGAACAUCCGGAUCCUAAUAAUGAGAAUAUUGUUGGAUAUAAUAACAAGAAAUGUUGGCCCAGGGAUGCAAGAAUGCGACUCAUGAAGCACGACGUUAACCUGGGAAGAGCAGUAUUUUGGGAUAUCAAAAACAGAUUACCUAGAUCCGUAACGACCAUUCAAUGGGAGAACAGUUUUGUUAGUGUAUAUUCCAAAGAUAAUCCAAAUUUGUUAUUCAACAUGUCAGGAUUCGAAUGUAGAAUUCUUCCAAAGUGUCGUACUCAACAUGAAGAAUUCACUCACAGAGACGGUGUAUGGAAUCUUCAACAUGAAGGAAGCAAAGAAAGAACUGCACAAUGCUUUUUAAGGGUAGACGACGAAUCUAUGAGUCGCUUCCACAAUAGAGUACGACAAAUUCUCAUGGCAUCUGGUUCUACUACAUUUACCAAGAUUGUAAACAAAUGGAAUACAGCUCUAAUAGGCCUAAUGACAUAUUUCCGAGAAGCCGUCGUAAAUACCCAAGAACUUCUGGAUUUAUUGGUAAAAUGCGAAAACAAAAUCCAAACGCGUAUCAAAAUAGGUCUGAAUUCGAAAAUGCCAAGCAGAUUUCCGCCGGUCGUCUUUUAUACGCCGAAAGAAUUGGGAGGACUCGGUAUGUUGUCCAUGGGUCACGUUUUAAUCCCGCAAUCAGAUUUGAGAUGGUCCAAACAAACCGACGUAGGCAUCACCCAUUUCCGAUCGGGUAUUAGUCACGACGAAGAUCAACUAAUUCCUAAUUUGUAUAGAUAUAUCCAACCAUGGGAAUCGGAGUUUAUCGAUUCCCAGAGAGUGUGGGCGGAGUACGCUCUUAAAAGACAGGAAGCGAACGCGCAAAAUAGAAGAUUGACUUUGGAAGAUUUGGAAGAUUCUUGGGAUAGAGGAAUACCGAGGAUAAAUACGCUUUUCCAGAAAGACAGGCACACUUUGGCGUAUGACAAAGGAUGGAGAAUCAGAACGGAAUUUAAACAAUAUCAGGUAUUAAAACAAAAUCCUUUCUGGUGGACUCACCAGAGACACGAUGGUAAAUUAUGGAAUCUUAACAACUAUCGUACGGAUAUGAUUCAAGCGCUCGGUGGUGUUGAAGGUAUUUUAGAACAUACUUUGUUCAAAGGUACUUAUUUCCCAACAUGGGAAGGUCUUUUCUGGGAAAAAGCAUCAGGUUUUGAAGAAUCGAUGAAAUACAAAAAACUUACCAACGCGCAAAGAUCUGGUUUGAAUCAAAUCCCCAACCGUAGAUUUACUUUAUGGUGGUCGCCUACAAUUAACAGAGCUAAUGUGUAUGUCGGUUUCCAAGUACAAUUAGAUCUGACCGGCAUAUUUAUGCACGGUAAAAUUCCUACAUUGAAAAUUUCGUUAAUCCAGAUUUUCCGGGCUCACUUGUGGCAAAAAGUUCACGAAUCUAUUGUAAUGGAUUUAUGUCAGGUAUUCGAUCAAGAAUUGGAUGCUUUGGAAAUUGAAACUGUCCAAAAGGAAACAAUACAUCCUAGAAAAUCAUACAAAAUGAAUUCAUCUUGUGCCGACAUUUUAUUGUUUUCCGCUUAUAAAUGGAAUGUUUCCAGGCCGUCAUUGUUGGCCGAUACAAAGGACACCAUGGACAAUACGACCACCCAAAAAUACUGGAUAGAUGUACAAUUAAGAUGGGGUGAUUAUGAUUCUCAUGAUGUAGAACGUUAUGCCCGGGCUAAAUUUUUAGAUUACACCACAGACAACAUGUCAAUAUACCCAUCUCCCACGGGAGUUUUAAUAGCUAUCGACUUGGCAUACAACCUUCAUAGUGCAUAUGGUAAUUGGUUCCCAGGUUGUAAACCAUUAAUCCAACAAGCUAUGGCGAAAAUAAUGAAAGCCAAUCCCGCUUUGUAUGUACUUCGAGAACGUAUACGUAAGGCUUUACAACUGUACUCCAGUGAACCUACCGAACCUUAUCUAUCGAGUCAAAACUACGGUGAAUUAUUCUCUAAUCAAAUAAUUUGGUUCGUCGACGAUACUAACGUAUACAGAGUAACGAUUCAUAAAACUUUCGAAGGAAAUCUUACCACGAAACCAAUUAAUGGAGCUAUAUUUAUUUUCAAUCCAAGAACUGGACAAUUGUUCUUGAAAAUCAUUCAUACGUCGGUAUGGGCCGGACAAAAACGUUUAGGACAGUUAGCUAAAUGGAAAACUGCCGAAGAAGUAGCAGCUCUUAUCCGAUCUCUUCCAGUCGAAGAACAACCUAAACAAAUUAUAGUAACAAGAAAAGGAAUGUUGGAUCCGCUCGAGGUUCACUUACUCGACUUUCCUAAUAUAGUCAUCAAAGGUUCCGAAUUGCAGCUGCCUUUCCAGGCUUGUCUUAAAAUUGAAAAAUUCGGAGAUUUGAUUUUGAAAGCUACAGAACCCCAGAUGGUACUAUUCAAUCUGUACGAUGAUUGGUUGAAGACUAUAUCUUCGUAUACAGCUUUCUCGAGACUUAUUUUAAUAUUAAGGGCUUUACAUGUUAAUACCGAAAGAACUAAAGUUAUAUUAAAACCAGACAAAACUACAAUAACAGAACCUCAUCAUAUUUGGCCGACAUUAUCUGAUGAUGAAUGGAUAAAGGUUGAAGUACAACUUAAAGAUUUAAUUCUUGCUGAUUAUGGAAAGAAAAACAAUGUGAAUGUGGCGUCUCUAACGCAAUCGGAAAUUCGUGAUAUUAUCCUCGGUAUGGAGAUCAGUGCUCCAUCGGCACAAAGACAACAAAUUGCCGAGAUCGAAAAACAGACCAAAGAACAGUCGCAACUUACCGCUACAACUACAAGAACAGUGAACAAACACGGUGACGAAAUUAUCACUAGUACCACCAGCAACUAUGAAACUCAAACAUUUAGCUCGAAGACCGAAUGGAGAGUUAGAGCUAUUUCCGCGACGAAUUUACACCUUAGAACUAAUCAUAUUUAUGUCAGUUCUGAUGAUAUCAAAGAAACUGGUUAUACCUAUAUAUUACCAAAGAAUGUUCUCAAGAAGUUUGUCACUAUUUCUGAUUUGAGGGCUCAGAUAUGUGCAUUUUUAUACGGAGUAAGUCCUCCUGAUAAUCCCCAAGUAAAAGAACUGCGUUGUUUGGUGUUACCACCACAAUGGGGUACCCAUCAAACUGUACAUAUACCGAAUACUCCACCAAAUCAUCCGUUCCUUAAAGACAUGGAACCGUUAGGAUGGAUCCAUACUCAACCUAAUGAAUUGCCACAAUUAUCUCCUCAAGAUAUCACAACCCACGCUAAAUUGAUGUCCGACAAUCCAGCAUGGGAUGGAGAGAAGACCAUUAUAAUUACUUGUUCUUUUACACCAGGAUCUUGCUCACUGACCGCUUAUAAAUUGACACCGUCCGGUUUUGAAUGGGGAAGACAAAAUACUGACAAGGGGAAUAAUCCCAAAGGGUAUUUGCCGAGUCAUUAUGAAAAGGUGCAGAUGUUAUUGUCUGAUAGGUUUUUGGGUUUCUUUAUGGUGCCUACGCAAGGAUCUUGGAAUUAUAAUUUUAUGGGUGUAAGGCACGAUCCUAGUAUGAAGUAUGAAUUGCAGUUGGCUAAUCCAAAAGAAUUUUACCACGAAGUUCACAGACCUGCUCAUUUCCUUAAUUUCUCUUCUUUGGAAGAUGGUGAUGGAGCCGGUGCCGAUAGAGAAGAUGCAUAUGCUUAGAUAAUUUUGUAGAUGUUUGUAAGGAUAUUUUAUCAACUUUGUAAGAAAUAUAUUCAAUGUUUCAAGUUUGCAGACUUUUGGUUUCAUUUCAAUAAUAAUUCUUAUUAGAAUUGAAUAUAUUUUAAUACUGUAUGGGAUAAAUAAGUAUCGAUAGGUAGAUGUAACAAAUAACUACAUAUUACAUGUAAAUAAAUUGUUUUUCAUAUAAUUAAUUACAUUUUGAUAUAAAAUUACAAA